UUGCUUUCAUGUUUCCGCGUGGUUGUAGUACAAAUAUGAAUGAAUUAUUUUAACUAUAUUUCCUAGUCCAUAUAUUUAAUUAUUUUGUGCCCUAAAGGAAUGAUUUAUAAAUUCUCUAAUUGGUACCGUAAUAUAAACACUUUUGUCUCACUUUCUAAAACUAAAGCAAUGAAUUUGAAUAAGUGUUACUUCAGAUACGUUGAAAGUGAUGAUAAGAUUGAUAUAUCUUUUUUGCUAAAAGUGAAAGAGACAGUUCGACAGUUUAAUUUUAGCCGUAAACCAACAGAAAAUAUAGAAUCAUUGUUAACACGCAUGGGUAAUAACAUUCAGAAAUUUGUUACGAAAGGAAAUAAGAAAGCAAGUAAUGAACUAAAAGUUGUAACAGUUCAAAUUUAUGAUGAUAAGAAUAAUGCCAUAUCAGAACAGGCAACGUGUAAAGAUUUAUUUUUAUUACAAAGCCCAGUCAAAUUGCAUAUUUAUGAUCAUAUUUAUGAAGUAGUAUUUAAUGUUCCUUGGGUUGUAAGUAUUAAUUUGCCUCAAUGCAUCUUAUCUGGCUUUCCUGUACAUGCAGAAAAUUUUGUUGUUCAAUAUGCUGAUAAUCGAUAUAAUUUAUAUACUUGGUACAAAGGAAUCUCAAUUAAUGACAAAGGAAAUGAAGUGUCUGAGGCUCAUAUAAAAUGGGAGAAACUUGGCAAUGAAUAUAUUUAUAUACCAACUACAAAGGACAUUGGUAUGAAACUGAAGUUGGAAUGUACACCUGGAAAUGAUAAAACAUCAGGUCCUACAGUUGGAGUCAUAUCCAAAAAUGUUGUAGAAGCUGGUCCAGGAACUUGUCCAUUUGAAAUUAGGCACAUGUUCACCACUACAAAGUUAACAAACAAAAGGUUUCGUUGUGUGACUUACAAUAUUUUGGCAGAUUUAUAUUGUGAUUCCGAUUAUACCAGAUCUGUACUCCAUCCAUAUUGUCCAUCAUAUGCAUUGCAUAUUGAUUACAGGAAGCAACUUAUACUUAAAGAAUUAUUAGGUUACAAUGCAGACAUAAUUUGUUUGCAAGAAGUUGAUGGCAAAAUAUUUCAGAGCUCUUUAAGUCCUUUACUAGGAUCUGAUGGGUUUGAAGGGAAGUUCUACAAGAAAGGAAAAGAAGUUGCUGAAGGAUUAGCAUGCUUUUAUAGAAAGGAUAGAUAUGAUUUACUGGAUGAAGAAAAAAUAUUACUUUCAGAUGAAGUUAAAACAAGGUUGUCACUACAAUCUAUUUGGAAUGCAAUUAAAGAUAACAGUCCUUUAAUUACACGACUUUUGGACAGAUCAACAGUAGCAAGUGCAACAAUUUUACAAUCUUUUGAAAAUCCUAAUGAUGUCAUUAUUGUUGGCAAUACACACUUGUAUUUCCAUCCAGAUGCUGAUCAUAUAAGACUUAUCCAAGGUGGAAUUAUUGUGUAUUGGUUAAAUGAAAUUCGAAGUAAUCUGAUAAAACAGAUGCCGAACAAAAGAAUAUCUGUUAUAUUAUGCGGCGAUUUCAAUAGUGUUCCUUCAUGUGGUAUAUAUCAAUUGUAUACAACUGGAAGUGCGCCUAGCUCUUUACUUGAUUGGAAAUCCAAUGCUGAUGAGGCUGUGCAUAAUUUGAGCCUUCAGCAGGAUCUUCAUUUGAGAAGUGCAUGCGGUACUCCUCCAUUUACAAAUUUUACUGCUGGAUUUGCAGAUUGUUUAGAUUAUAUUUUUUAUGAUAAAUCAAAUCUUGAAGUUGUACAAGUUGUACCACUGCCUAGUGAAGAGGAACUAAGGGUGCAUAUUGCACUACCUAGCAUUGUUUUUCCAUCUGAUCAUAUAGCCCUAAUAUCAGAUUUUCAGUUUAAAUAGAAUUAAAUGUAUGUAUUUUAAUAUUGUGUUAUUU